AUGGCUUCCUCGCGCGCCGCCGCCGGGCCCUUCGCGCUCUGCAUUCUGCUGCUCGCGUCCCCGGCCGUCUCCGCCACGUUCCUGUUCGACGGCGGGAAGUCGGCGGCGAAGAGCAAGGGCAAGGGCAAGGAGGCGGUCGACGUGGAGUGGCGGCCGGCCACCGCGACGUGGUACGGCGAAGCCGAGGGCGACGGCAGCACCGGGGGGGCGUGCGGGUACGGGACGCUGGUGGACGUGGUGCCGAUGAAGGCGCGGGUGGGGUCGGUGAGCCCGGUGCUGUUCAAGGGCGGCGAGGGGUGCGGCGCCUGCUACAAGGUCCGGUGCCUCGACCACGGCAUCUGCUCGCGCCGCGCCGUCACCGUCAUCGUCACCGACGAGUGCCCCGGCGGCGGCCUCUGCGGCGGCGGCAACACGCACUUCGACCUCAGCGGCGCCGCCUUCAGCAGGAUGGCCGUCGCCGGCGCCGGGGCGCACCUGCGCGACCGUGGGCAGCUCAAGGUGAUCUACCGAAGGGACGGCGUGCAAGUACGGCGGGAAGAACAUCGCGUUCCAUGUGAACGAGGGGUCGACGAGCUUCUGGCUCUCGCUGCUCGUCGAGUUCGAGGACGGCGAGGGCGACAUCGGCUCCAUGCAGCUCAAGCAGGCGAACUCGGCGAAGUGGCUGGACAUGAAGCACGUGUGGGGCGCCACGUGGUGCCUCUACGGGGGCCCCACGGCGGGCCCAUUCUCCGUGAGGCUGACGACGCUGUCCGCACCCAAGACGCUCACGGCCCGGGACGUCAUCCCCAGGAACUGGGCGCCCAAGGGCACCUACUCCUCCCGCCUCAACUUCGACGCCUCGCUCUGAUCGACCUUCAUCACAGCCGGGCCACGUUUUAUCGGCCCGGGAUGGAGCGAAGGCAGGCCCACAUGGCGUUCUGCUGGAACUGGACGUACGUAGAUUGUGUUUUGUUGCAGGUUAAUCGGUCUGAUGAUCACCUAGUCGUAAGCUAG